CACAUCAGUGACCUCCUUUUCCCCACUUUAUUUAGUUUUUUUUUCAAGUGUAAGCUUCCAAGUCUUUGCUCUGCCUCAUUUAGUGAAACAUUUAUUUUAGAAUCAACUUGUAUUUUUCAAAACUGAAACAACGAAAGGCAUUUCCUGAGGAACUGCAAGGAUGAGCAGCAUGAAAGGACAACAGUGGAGGACAUGUGGAACUUUAGUAGUGCUCUUUAUUUUUCAAGUUCAGAUUUUUGGUUUCGAUGUUGACAAUCAACCUGCAACAGAUGUUUGCUCGACACACACCAUUUUACCUGGACCAAAAGGGGAUGACGGUGAAAAAGGAGAUCAAGGGGAGGUCGGAAAACAUGGAAAAGUAGGCCCCAAAGGACCAAAAGGAAACAAAGGAGCUGUGGGGGAUAGUGGGGAUCAGGGAAUGAUUGGAAAAAUUGGCCCAAUCGGUGGAAAAGGUGAAAGAGGAAUCAAAGGUUUAUCUGGGGUGUCUGGAGGGAAGGGAAAAGCAGGCACGGUCUGUGACUGUGGGAGAUACCGCAAAGUUGUUGGACAACUGGAUAUUAAUGUUGCUCGACUCAAGACAUCCAUGAAAUUUGUCAAAAAUGUAAUAGCAGGAAUCAGGGAAACAGAUGAGAAAUUCUAUUACAUUGUCCAAGAAGAAAAGAGCUACAAGGAGGCCGUGACCCACUGCAGGAUCAGAGGGGGGAUGCUGGCAAUGCCGAAGGAUGAGGCAGCCAAUGCACUGAUUGCUGACUACGUCUCCAAGAGCGGUCUCUUCCGUGUGUUCAUUGGGGUGAACGAUAUGGAAAAGGAAGGGCAGUUCAUGUAUGCAGACAACACCCCAUUGCAAAAUUACAGCAACUGGAAGGAAGGGGAGCCGAAGAACACGUCUGUGCAUGAGGACUGUGUGGAAAUGCUCAGCACGGGAGAGUGGAAUGAUUCAGAGUGCCAUCUGGCUAUCUACUUUGUCUGUGAAUUCAAGAAGAGAAAAUAAAAUGCCAGAGUGCUUGCCAGGCAGCUUCUGGACCUGCAAUAAUUCCUCCUGAUUUAUCCAUUAGAGGUGAUGCGCUGGGCAGGGCUAGGAGGGAUAGGACCUGAUGCUGCACUCACAUACAUGGUGUAAAGCAGGAGUAACUAUGUUUAAGCCAGUGGAGUUACACUGGUGUACGUGGAGUCAGAAUCAGGCCUGCAGAGAGCUCCUAGCUUCCCAACUCAUGGGGAAAAUCAGUGAUUGUUAUUUGGGGUUUAAAGUUCUUGGGCUAAAUUUAGAACCAGCAUGAAUGAGUCUGCCUCCAUUGAUGGAGUGACAGUAUGUGAAUAAUGGGGAAAGUAACUGGUGGAACAGCUUAUUGAAAUGUUGCACAAACUCCACUGAGGGAGAGUAUGGCUUUUAGCCGCACCAGCACUGCACUGGGGGUGGCGCACAACCACACUGCUCCACAGGCAGCACCAGAUGGUAGACUGCACCAGGGAGGCACAAAAUUUUCUGCAGCGCCCUGGUUGUGUUAGGGAGUGGAGGAGUAGUGUGCAAUGUCCCUUUAAGAGCUGCGAAAAACCUCCUCUACUGCCCCCAUGGUAGCUGGAUGGAUAUGCUGGCUGGUAUGGAGCAUCGUUCCACCUCUCCCCAGCCUCCCCACUGCUCCCCACCUCUCCCUGGCCAGUUGCUCUGAGGUAGGGGUUACUGAGUCUGGGGCUCCAGGGGGUUCUGGACCACUGCACUGUUCAGCCUAUUUCUUUCUCCAGUGAUUGGCUGGCUGUGGGUUUUGUUGGUUUGAUUUUUGGAUUGGGUUUUUUUUCCUCAGCCACUUGGGGGAUGAGAGGUGAGCACCAAAAACAUUUUCUGCCCUGGUCAGCUUACUGGCUAGGGCUGCUUCUGCUUGCAUGAGCAAGUGGUCAGCAAUGAAAGCAAAGAUCCCAGCUAUUUAUUAUUCUACUUUGGCAUUUACCUAAGAGGCCAGAUUUUGAUACCCUUGCUGGUGCUUCCUCCCUGAGUACUCCUGGCGAAAUCAUUGGGGCUACUCCAAGACCCUCCGUAGGAAAUACUCCAAGAUCAUUUGGAUAUCAGGCUUGAUUUUAACCCCGAUUUUAAGGGUGUGUAGGAUAUAACAUUUUAAAAAGUGAUUUAGGUGCUUAGGAGUCUAAGGCUAUGUCUACACUACCACGGUAAGUCGACCUACGCUACGCAAUGUACCUUAGGUCGAGUUACUGCGGGGUCUACACCACGAGGGGUCAACGGGAGAAACUCUCCCGUCAACUUACCUUACUCUUCUCAUCGGGGGUAGAGUACAGGGAUCGACUGGAGAGUGAUCUGCUGUUGAUUUGGUGAGUCUUCACUAGACCUGUUAAAUCAACUGCCAGUGGAUCGAUCUCAGAGCGUCGAUCCUGGCUAUAGUGUAGACUUGCCCUUAGGACAUGUCUACACAUAAACCACUACAGUGGCACCAUUGCACUGCUGUAACACUUCAAUGAAGACAGUACCUACGCUGCUGAGAAGGCUUCUCCCACUGGCAUAGGCAAUCCACCUCUCCAAGAGACGGUAGCUAUGUCAACGGGAGAAUUCUCCUGUCGACCUAGUGCUGGUCUACCCUGGGGAUUAGGUCAAUUUAACUACGUCUCUCAGGAGUGUGGAUUUUUCACACCCUGAGAGACAUAGCUAUACCCAAGUAAAUUCCUAGUGUAGACCAGGCCUCAGUGUCAUUGAAAGUCAAUGGGACUUAGGAGCCUAGGUCACUUUAGAAAAUGGGACUUAGCCAUCUAAGUCAUUUAGGCCUUUCAACACGGAGCAGAGCAACAUCUAAAUAGCUUUAAAAAUCUGGGCCUUUGACUUAAGGCCAAACCCUGAGUUAUGGGUGGGGCAUAUGAAGUGGAGUAAAGAGAGAGAAAAAGAAAUGGUUUCUUGCAGGGUCAAAGCAUGAUGCAUGGGAGGCCUGACUUGGUUUACACCUAUUCUAUGUGAGUUCCUCAUUCAAAUACAUGGUCAAAUCAAAACAAUGGUAAGAAAUCUGAACAACUUCUCUUUGACUAGUGAUGAGUUAAAGUAAUCCAGGAGCAUGCUCAGAGCUUGGGGAGAAAAGCAUUAAGACAGCCUUCAGUUGCAUGGCCAAGGACACAAAAAAGAGAAGUGAGCCAAGAACUAAUUUGUGGGUAUCUUCUAUCCUCGAAGAGUGGAAUGUCAUUUGCCAGUAUUGGCUGAUUACACUGAAAUCAUUGUCAAAUACACCUCUUUCCUCCUGUUCCAAGGCAGUAGUAUUUGUGUAAUCUUUUCCUUUAUAGAAAAAAAAAGAGUUAAAUGUAAAAAUAGCCUACCUGUGCAUUCGUACAACAUUAUGGUUAAGAUUUGGUUACUAACUUUUAUUAAAGAUAACAAAAAUUUAGGGCAAUACAAUUAUUUUAUUAAUGUAUUAAAAGAAAGGUUGACAAGACAAAAAGUAGGUGAAAACAAUGGAGUUGAGACUCUGAGUAGUUUAGUUACAGUACAGUGGGAACACCUAAAAUGUUCAUUCUGGUCCUAGAGAUAUUCACAAUUUCACAGGUAUUCCCUAAUUUUGGGAAAUAGAUAUUUAGGACAACCACUAGAACUGGAAAUGUAUCUAGAACCAGAGUGAACUGUAAGUGCACCUACCGUAGAUUUUUACAUACACUGUCUAUAAUGUAUAUAUAGUAAAACUUAUACCCAUGAUCUUUUUAUUAAAAUCAUUUUAGCCUGUUUGGCCCAUCUUUCCUCAAACAGUUCAGCCAUUAAUCUCAUACAGGCAAUAAAUUGUUCCAUUUCCUUUAAUUCUUUUAUUCUGUUCAACCAUAUGUUGACAGUUGGUAUUUGAUUUUGCAGCCAUAGUGAUGAAAUACAUUUCUUGGCUACAGUCAAAAGAUUUCUAAACAGGUACCUGUAUUUGUUUAAUUUCAAAUAAGAUCUUAAAGGUACACAAGUCAGAAAUCAGCCUUUAUAACAACCACAUGACAUGUACUAAGACAACUAACAACACUAUAUUCAGUAAUAAAAAUAGCCCCUAUGCACUGAGGGAAGUGGACAAGUUACAUUUGCUCUGGAAAGCACUGGUCUGGAUUUUCUGGCUUUAAUGUGCUUACAUUUUGCAUUUAAUUCAUAUUUAGUGUGAUCAAGAAUGUUGUGAAAGAAGGAAUGAGCAGGUUCAAAUGAGAAGCAUAAUAUUUGUUGCUUUCUGUUUGCACAGGAAGUGAGAACAACAUCUUGUAAAGGUAUUUUUGAACUCUUCCUGUUUAAUCACUACGUACUGUGUGCCUGACUCUGCAGUCAUCCCAACUCACCCUCUGAGUUUCUCCGUGCUGAUAUUUCAACAUACUGAAACAACAUUUCACUCUAAGUUUUAUUAGAAGGGUGGGGCUGAUAACGUGUAUGGUCCUGUCUUACAGACAACAGUGGCAAGGCAGGAGAAUAGUAAAGCAAACUGAAGAGAAACCACAAGGAGGAUUUGGUGGGGUGAGGGGAGCAUGCAUUUUCUUAGGUUCUGAUUCAGCAGAGCGCUUGUACAGUGCCCAACUAUAAGUGUGUGUUAAAGUCCCAUUGAAGUCAUGUGUGUAAGUGUUUUGCUGACCAGAUGGAUUUAAGCAUGUGCUUAAAACAGUCUAGUGCUAUUUAUUCUUUUGGUCUUAUUAUUUAAAGUGUAGAAUGAUCAAAUACUAUUUAAAGUAGACAACAAUUAAAUAAAUGUAUCCUUUAAGGUU